GAAGGAAGGAACUCCUCCCUAAAGGAUGUAAUGUCUAAUCUGACUACUUAAAAGAGGUGCUGAUUAGUAAAAAUGGGGUUGAUUGGGUUGGUUGAAUAAAAGUCCAAACUUAUUCCCUCAGCCAGUAAUUUUGGCUUAGUGCUUAAACAUACUGAGAACACUGCAUUACUUUACAAGAUUAUUCCUUAAUAUUUUCUCAAUACAACGGAAGAUGGUUUUCAAAAGAGAAAUGUCAAAGUUACUGCCUGGUGUAGAGACUUUUCUGUUUCUCUUUUUUUUUUAAUUUAUGAUUUAUUUAAACAUUUUUACGAAGAUACAUUACAAAGUAAGAAAAAACAAAGAACAAUGAAAAAAUGUUUAAACAUAUUUUGAGGGAGUGCCAUCUAAUAAUCAUAAAUCAUGCUGUCCAAGCAUCAUGAGAUCAAUAAGAACAUCCAUGGGGGACGGGAAGUCAGACAAAAGAUUAAAAUUAACAUUAAUUUAAUUUAUUCUAAUUAGUCUAAUUAAUCCAGUGCAGCAUAGAGCGCAUAUUCGCUGCCCUGUAGUAAAAUUGAAAAUUAGGGAGGGCCAAACCACCAAAAUGUUUUGUUUUCUACCUUUUCGGAUGCUUGGAGUCUUUUUAUUCCAUAUGAAUUGAGAAAUAGAACAAUCAAGUGUAGAGAAAAAAGUAUUUGGAAUAAAAAUUGGGAUACACUGAAAAAGAUAUAAAAAUGUGGGGAGCACAUGCAUCUUAAUACAAUUAAUUAUACAGGCGUGUGACAGGGGAAGAAGAGACCAACGGUGAAAAUCUUGUCUAAGACGACCGAGCAAUGGGGAAAAAUUAUGCUCAAAUAAUUCUGCAGAGCUUUUUGUCACAUGUAUACCCAAAUACUUGAAACUAUGUGAAGAUGCUUUUAAAGGCAAUGAUGACAGUGGGUACUCUGUGGCAGCACUAUUAAUAGGCAUUAAUUCACUUUUAUUCAGAUUUAAUUUAUAGCCUGAAAUUUGACCAAACUCUGUCAGCAAAGCUAGCACCGGGGGAAUAGAAUUGGUCGGGUCAGAGACAUACAGCAAAAAUCAUCUGCGUAUAAAGACAAUUUAUGCUCAACCCCCCACACACAAGCCUGAUCCAGUUUAUAAAUUGGUCACCAAAUCCAAAUCUCCUCAAGGUAUAAAACAAGUAAUCCCACUCAACUCUAUCAAAUGCCUAUUCAGCAUCCAUAGAGAUGACUAACUCUGGAGACUUUUUUUGGGAGGUUGAAUAGAGGAUAUUCAAAAGACAUCUAAUAUUGUGGAAAGAUUGCCUAUCUUUGACAAAACCUGUCUAAUCUGUUGAAAUAAUUGUUGAUAAAAGCGGUUUCAAUCGUCAUGUUAAUACUUUGGCUAGCAGUUUCACACCUGUGCAGAGUAAAGAAAUUGGACGGUAGUUACUACACUGAAGAGGAUCUUUGUCUUUAUUAGGAAUAAGGGAAAUAAUAGCCUGACGUAAGGAUUGGGAGAGGAUGCCAGAUUUGUAUGACUCAUUAAUCCUGUUUAGUGAAAGAGGGGACAGUUUAUCUGAGAAUGUCUUAAAAAUUUGUGCAGGGAAGCCAUCUGGGCCUGGACACUUUCCAUUCUGCAUCAGGUUCAGUGUAGUCUUAAUUUAAUCUAAAGUAAGGGGUUCUACCAGCUUGGAAACAGAAUUAGAAUUGAUAAGAGGAAUAUCAAGGGAGUUGAAAAUACUGUCAAAGUGAGCCUCAUUAGCUGUACUCUCAGAAGUAUAUAAAGAAAUGUAGAAGUCCCUGAAUUGGUCAUUAAUAUUAAGGGGGUUCAUUAUAGGUGUAGAAAAUUGAGUAAUAUGAUGCGAGGAGGUGGACUGGCGUAGCUGGUGUGCAAGCAAUUUACUUUGGUGAUUUAUCACCAAAUUCAUAAUAGUUAUAGCAGGACUUGUGUAAAGCUUCAAUUGCUUCAUUGCUAACAGACUGAACUUGGCUUUAGUUAUAAGAAGUUUAUUAAAGAGAUCUGAGUUGGGUGAAUCUACAACACUGGAUUGAAUCUCUGCCAGAUUUCUAGAUAAAUAAGAGCUCCUCUCAGUUGCAUUUUUCCUUUGAUAGGCUGUAUAAGAUAUAAUUUCUCCUCUCAGAAAGGCUUUGCAUGUUUUCCAUAUUGUGGAAUAUAUGACAGCUGAAAUAUCGGAGGAAACGUUUGUCGAAAUAAAAACAUCAAUACUAUUGUUAAUAACUUUUACAAAAUUUGGGACAUUAAGUAACAAAGUAUUGAAACGCCAAGGAGACCUAGAGGUUGACCUGCCAGGAAGUGAAAGGUACACUGUAACGGCCGCAUGAUAUUAAAUUACUAUAGGGUAGUAGAUGCAUUAACAAACGAGUGGAAGCAGCUUAUUGUCAUAAAGAAAAUAAUCAAUCCGAGAGAAGGUAUGAUGAAGGGGGGGAAUAAAAUUGUUUUGCAUUAGAAUUGAAAAAGCAUCAGACAUCAUCAGAAACUGCAUAUUGUUCCAUAAACAGCUGAAUUGUUUUGGAGGAUUUAAAUUGUACUCUGGGUUUAGAAGAAGAACAGUCCAAGAGAGGAUCUAAACAACAGUUGAAAUCCCCACCUAGAAUAAGUUGGCUAAAACUUAAAUCAGGGAGCGAGAACAAAUAUUUUUUGAAAAAAACCUCAUUAUCCCAAUUAGGUCCAUAUACGUUGGCCAGGACCAAAUUAACUCUGUUUAUCUGGCCUGUAAGAAUAAAAAGUGCCCAAUAGGGUCUGAAAUGACCUUGCAGACGGAAAAUUAUACUGACUUAUGAAUGAGAAUAGCUACACCCUGCGACUUACUAGGGAAAGUGGAGUGGUAAACCUGGCCUACCCAGCCCCUUUUGAUCUUUAGGUGGUCUGCUGGCCUAAGGCAAGUUUCUUGAACAAAAGCUACUUUGGUAUUUAAAUGUUUCAAGUGAUUAAGAAUUUUAUUAGGCUUUACCGGUGAAUUAAGCCCUUUAACAUUCCAGCUGAUGAGUCUUAGUGCACCACUAGGAGCUUUUGUGUUGCUCAAUGAAGACAUAAAAUUAUGUUAUAAACAAAAUGACCACUCCCCAACAGCCGGCAUCCCUUGCUUGUAACACAUGAGGAUGAAAAAUGAAGAAGUUUGCACCCAAUAAGUGACAAGUAUAAGUGAAAAAUAAAACAACCUAAACCCACCCCUAAACCCUGUUCCAAAUGCUGACAAAAAGGCCAGCAUCAGGAUACACUGUACCAUUUUAACCAGCAAAUUUCCUAACUCCUAGACCUCCCUACAUUGGGCAACAAAACAUCAUGAACAUAUUUAUACAAAAAUUGUUGGAUACCACAGUCGAUUGCAUAACAAUUGACUAAGUAGUCAAUUGACAUUACAAAAACAUGGAGUAUAAUAGAUAGAACACUAAUAAUAAAAAGCAGAAUCAUUUUAAAACUAUAUACAGAAGUCAGGUGGACAGUAUAAGUAAUGGACGUUAUCGUAUCGUAAGAGCUACAAUGUCUUUUGUAGCUGAGAUGUUCCACAAAUAUCAAGAACACUUUAUCAAAAAGUUAGCUUUCAGACUAAAAUAAAGUAAAUAGUGUAGUUUUUUUACAUUUGCCCGUUUAAAUAACCAUUACGUUGAAAACUAAAAUUUGGUUAACCAUACCAGUGUUUAUGCCAAAGGAGAGCGGAAAAAGAGGCCACAGAAAACUAACAAGACCGGCAAACUGGCGAAUAAAUGAGGGCAAGUAGGCACCAAACUAAAACAAAUGCCUGUCAACUUGAAGCUCCGUUCCAUGUCCAGUAUUUCAAUGUAAACAAUUCUGUGUUCAGACCCACGAACAAAGUUAUUGGCUUCAGUAGUAGACAGCAACCAUUUCUUCUCACCGUUUGAAAGUGUAAUGCACAGUCUGGCUGGGAAAAGAAGAGCAAGCUUGAGUCCUCAUUUGUAAAGUUCCGACAUAGUGUCUUUGGACUCGGCACGCAGCUUCAGAACAUCGGGGCUGUAAUCCUCGGAGAUCCGGAUCCUGUGUCCUUGAUAAGACAGAUCGCCUUUUUUGCGAGACUCGCGAAUGACCAUGUCCUUCAUUUGGAAGAGAUGAAAUCGCAAUAGAACAGGUCGCGGUCUCUGCCCCGGGACAGGUUUGGGUGUGAGGCUUCGGUGAGCUCUGUCCAUCUCGGGCGGCAAAGAUAGAACCUGAGGGCCGAGAACCUCAACAAGGAGCUGGGAGAAGAAGGUCGUUGGAUGCGGACACUCGAUGAACUCAGAUUUUCCAAGUAGCAGAGAGUGGGGACAGGAGUCUGUGGAUAGUGUGAAGAUUCUCUCUAGGUGUUCCUCAUAUAGCUCGAUGACCAUGGAGUCGGGAGCCGAUGCCCAGCAGGGUGCAGACACUGCUGUCUCUGAGACUGAGAGCCAUCAGAUCACCCAGGCUCAAAUCGCCACUCUUGCACAGGUGACCAUGUCUGCAGGACACGGUAGCGCCACAGCACCCACAGUCACACUGGUGCAGCUACCCAAUGGUCAGACGGUGCAGGUGCAUGGAGUGAUCCAAGCUGCUCAACCUUCAGUCAUUCAGUCGCCACAGGUGCAAACUGUCCAAAUUUCCACUGUAGCAGAGAGUGAAGACUCGCAGGAGUCGGUGGACAGUGUGACUGACUCUCAAAAACGGAGAGAGAUCCUUUCUAGGCGGCCCUCGUAUAGGAAAAUCCUAAAUGACCUGUCAUCAGAUGCUCCAGGAGUUCCGAGAAUCGAAGAGGAGAAAUCCGAGGAGGAUGCUGCACCUGCCAUCACUACAGUGACCGUGCCAACCCCAAUAUAUCAGACCAGCAGUGGCCAGUACAUUGCCAUUACGCAGGGUGGAGCAAUUCAGCUGGCGAAUAAUGGCACAGAUGGAUUGCAGACUCUAACCAUGACCAAUGCAGCAGCUGCACAGCCUGGCACCACCAUCCUGCAGUAUGCCCAGACCAGUGAUGGUCAACAGAUACUGGUGCCCAGCAAUCAAGUGGUGGUACAAUCUGCUUCUGGAGAUGUUCAGGCCUAUCAAAUCCGCACUGCACCCACCAGCACUAUUGCCCCAGGUGUGGUCAUGGCCUCCUCCCCUGCCCUGCCAAGCCAAGGAGGUGCUGAAGAGGCCACACGCAAAAGGGAGGUUCGUCUCAUGAAGAACAGAGAGGCUGCACGUGAGUGCCGUCGGAAAAAGAAGGAAUAUGUCAAGUGUCUGGAGAACCGUGUGGCUGUUUUGGAGAACCAGAACAAAACACUUAUCGAGGAACUCAAAGCUCUCAAAGACCUGUACUGUCACAAAUCAGAGUGAUAACUGUUUCCUUUCAUUCUGAUGGACUUGUGUGUACAGAGACUAAAGGGCGAGUCAGCCAGAUGCAGACGCAUGUUUUCUAAAUGUUUUCAUAUUUUAAAUUGCUGCAGAUUGCCUGUAUGAACACACAAAUACGUGAGGGAACAGAACAAAAGCCCCCCUGGCCAAAAAAAUCUCUUUUACAAUUAUUGGAUCAUGUCAGAAAAUCCCGAAAAAUUGGUUGUGGACUUAUAAACACAAGUACGUUCCAGCCAUCUUUACUCCUGAACUCAAACCAAGACUUGGAGGAGGGGUUUGUGGGACAACUUUUAAAAGAGAUUUUAAAAAAUGAAAAUGAACAUGAUUUAACUGAAAUCUCUAUAGUAUGGUAUAAAUCAUUGCGCAAGAUUUUCUCUUAACUAAGAAUGGAGUUGGCAUCAUUCCCUGUUGAAAUUCAAAAAGUUUAACGUGUCUGACUGUUACUUUUAUUUUGUGGAUAGUGCUCUUGUGUUUUAAUUUCAUGUUUUAUCUUUAAUUAUCAACAAGCUUUCAAAACUAUAUAAAAGUAUGAAUAUUGAUUUAGAGAAUAUAUGACAUUUAUUAACUGAUAUAUUAGUGUUGUAUACAAAGCAUGUAUAUUUCAUUUUGAACAAUUUUGCUCAUUUUAGAUGUCAAACUGAAACUUUCCCAACUAAUUUAAUUACUAACCAUACUGCCAUUGCAGUAGCAACAGUUGCACAAACACAGUGGAAAGUGGUUAUUGUAUAUUUGCCAUUUGGUCACUGACACAAAAAAAAUAUAACGGUUGCAAAUACAGGAAUUUCGCACACCAACAUAAACUUGUCAGGUUGAGACAUUUCUUCACAUUUGUAUUGAACGAAUUUGGUAGAUCACUUUUGUGUUAUCCUUUGUAUAUCAUAGAACUAUUGGAUGGAAUACUGCAUUCUAUCUCUGGCAUUACUAGGCCAAAGCAUGUUUUAUAAACAUUACAUUAUUGAUUUUUUUUAUCAUGAUAUGGUAAAUUUUUCCAUUACAUCACUACAAGUCGAUGUCUUUGUAUUUGAUAACGUGAUCACAUAUGUAAAGAAUACAUGUUACUAGUCUAUAAUGGCAUAAGCAUUUUGGCAGCUAUUUCAUAAAAAAAGACAUUUACAAAUGAUUUCUCUUCGUUUCUUUUUGUCCUUAAUGCGUUUGUCCGCGUUUUGUUUGUCCAAGCUUUUUUUUCUUUUUCUUUAUUUUAUUUUUUUACUAAAUGUUUGCCUUUAUUAACAUUUGACAUUUACAAGUUGCCUCAGUUAACCCCAAAUAUUUCUGUCCUGUCUUUGAACUUGGUGGAGGAUUCAAAAGUUUAAAUAGCAAUGAUGUUUAACAGCAAAGGGAUAACACUUUCACUGACUUUUGACUGGAAUAUGACAUUUUGCUGUAUUUUCUGCAUCGAGGACUGAAAGUCUUCAAGCAUAAACUGAAAGAGGCUAGUAAAUAAUAAGUUUGCAUAUUACAUAUUAAAAAUGCCUGUUAACAAUUCCAAGACAUAUUGCUUUGCAAUGAAAUGUACCUUUUGUCAUCUUUCCUGUCUAUACUGUCAUUUAUGUGCUCAACUCUAGUGUGACAAAUUAGAGAAGCAAUCUCUCCACAGCACUAACUCACAGCCCAGGUCUGCACUUUAGCUGUGCUUCUACAAGCUGACACCACCUGCACACUGAACCUGAUUUACUUUGCAAAACCAAUUAUUUUCUGAAAUGAGAACUCCUAAUUCUGAAUUGGCUCAUUUAAGACUGUUUGUAAAUGUAUUGGUCUCAACUUUCAGACAAAAGCUCAUUUUGUCUGUUUUCAGUGAUAGUAGGAUGUUUCUCUAUAAACUUAAUGUACUGUUUAUUUUUGCACUUUUUUGAUUGUAUCCAACCUAUGUAUUGAGGUUGACCUACUGCCAUGCUGGCUAGAACAUUUGGUUGCCUUCAUGCAUUCUCAAGGCCAAUCAGUCAAAAGCAAUGGUUGAUGUUAAGAUCCCACUCGGAUGAACACAUCAUGCACUUUUUGUAUGAUAGCUUUCACCUUUUGGACACUAUUUACAGUGAUGGUAGGGUUUUAUAGUGUUUCAAAGGUCUAGAAAUGUAUUGUUUAUACUCUGUGUGACAUGACUUAUAUUUUUAAAAGCUUUGCACUCUAUAACUGUAUCAUUACAAUUGUGUAUACUUGUUGCUCCCCCCUACCUCCCUUUUGUACAAAAUAAUGUAAAUCUUUAAUAAACUAAUAAUACUAAUACUGA